UUCACACGCUUCAGCCGACUUUGGCUCACUGUCGUUAGUGUGCCUCCCAAACUAUACGAAGAGAGCAAGGAGGAGACGUCGCAACAGAGUCUUGCCGCCGCAGAUGCACUGGACCGUGCGGCAUAUACCGACGAGGCAGCCGGUCAGUUACUGGAACUCCUCGGUAUGGACGACACUCUGCGACAGCUGCCUUUCCACUAUUGCGACAUACCCUCGACAAGCAGACGGCGACCUAAAGUCGACUCGAGUUUGGCCGAUGCAUACGCCGAAGCGCGCGCCUCUGCUACAGCCCUCGACGAAAGAAUCAGGAACCUCAUUGUGAAGCAUUUCGGUGACCUACAUGACCCAGGCAAUAGCCUGCGCGAGCUGCCAUACUACUCGAUCUCUAUCGCGGAUGAUGACGAGUCUGCGGCUCGCCAGAGGAGUGCGGAUGUCAUCGACGCACACGAAAGAGACGGCUCUAGUGAUACUAGCGCUUUGGCAAUUGCUGGAGGGGACGUCGACGCAGCGUUACUUGAUCAGCCUCACCGGUUGCUUGAAUGGCGCUCACCGGUGGGUAUAGAGAGUCACGCACAAAUCAGCGAGGAGCCAGGGGAGACAGAUAGCAUCCAUUCGCAACUAAGAGGGGUAGAGGCCACUUCGGGAGGAACCACCGCCGAAGAAGUCGAAAAGUAGGGCAUUCAUACACAUCGUACGAAGGGUAGCGUCACUCUCUCGCGCAGUCACACAUAUCCUGACGAUUCUGACAUAGGAAGCAAUGGCGGGCGUGGAUUA